AUGCCUUCCCAUCAGCAUCAGAAUCAGCAACAGUGCACACCACAAGCCCAGCAGCAGCAGGUGAAGCAGCCCUGUCAGCCACCUCCUACCAAAUGUCAAGAGGCAUGUGUGCCUAAAACCAAGGAUCCAUGUGUUCCUCAGGCCAAAAAACAAUGCCCAGCGAGGAGCACAACUAACCCAGCUCAAGAGAAGUGUCCUGCACAGCAAGACCCUAAGUGUAAGCAGAAGUAA